AUGGAGGCCCUACCGGGCAAGGUCGUUCUGCGGUCACCGCAAGCGGCUUACAUCGCGCUACUCCUCCGUACCUGGCCUCCUUGUGGACUGCUUCUCCGUCUGCGUAAGGUAAAUUCGACUAAAUAUCAACGUACGAAGAGCGAGCCCUCAACCAAAGCCAAAAUGUCUCAGAUUGAGUCUCCUGUGCCAUGCGUCCAGAGUUCAGAACAUAAUCUAACGGAUAUACGAUGUUCAGUCACUGUUUCUGUUUAG